UUCCCCCAAUUGCUCCCUUUACACCAAUACAUCCCUCCAAAACAAAUCAUCCCACAAGGCCAACAAAAUGGGAUUGAGAAUUGUUGUCGUUGGCGCAGGGCUUAUUGGGCCCCGACAUGCCAAAUCUGUCCUGUCCAAUCCACACACAGAACUUGUGGCACUUAUCGAUCCGCUUCCAAAUGCAGCCAGCGUGGCGCAGGACCUGCAAACGAGCUAUUAUCCAACUGUCGAAGCCAUGCUACAGGCCAUUCCAAAGCCCGACGCAGCCAUCGUAUGCACGCCAAACCACACCCACGUUUCCGUGUCGCGGGGACUCCUAGCCAGCGGUAUCCACGUCCUGGUCGAGAAACCAGUCAGUGACAGCAUAGAUAAUGGCGUAGCAUUGCUCCAAUUCGCGCAGCAACCGGAGAAUACCCAUCUCAAGCUCCUGGUGGGACACCACCGUCGAUUCAACCCGUAUGUCCUCAAGACGAAGCAGUUGGUGGAUUCCGGAUCUCUGGGUCAGGUCAUCGCCAUCAAUGGUCUGUGGACAUUGUUCAAGCCGGAACGAUAUUUUGCGCCUCCAGGCGACUGGCGUCGGGCUCGGUCAUCGGGCGGUGUGGUUCUGAUUAACCUCGUCCAUGACAUUGACAUCAUGCAUUACUUGUUCGGCCCGAUUGUGCGUAUUCACGCUGAGAAGACCCUCGCACAGCGCCCUAACCCCCCUCACGAGGCGGAGGAGGGUGCGGCACUCACCCUUCGGUUUGCUUCGGGUGUUAUCGGUACCUUCCUCGUCUGUGAUGCGACCCCAUCUCCGCAUAAUUUCGAAACGGGCACCGGCGAGAAUCCGCUCAUCCCUAAGUGUCCAUCUGGUGCGGACUUUUACCGCAUUUUUGGCUCCAAUGCCUCUCUUAGUGUCCCGGAUAUGACGCGCUGGAGCUACGAUGGCCGCUCUAACAAGAGCUGGAACCAACCAUUGACGAUGGAGAAGUUCGACGUGGAAGAAGCGACGCCGUUUGAUUUGCAGCUCGCCCAUUUUGUCGAUGUCAUCCAGGGCAAAGCGGAGCCCAGUUGCUCCGGUAAAGAGGGCCUGAGGGCCUUACUUGUGUGUCAGGCUGUGCAAAAGGCGCUAGAGACAGGACAGACAGUUGAACUGGACCAAAGUGUUCUUAAAGCGAACCGCUGA